CCACUUCAUCGAUCUAAGAAGCCAUGAACCUAUCCAACAUGGCAAAUCUUUGUUUUCAUUUCCCCUUGCUCAUGUUCUCCCUACUUUGUCUCAAGGUUUGUUUCACUUUAUGCCACACCAAUCUUACUAUGAAUGAUGAAUUGGCACUACUUGCUUUCAAGUUUUCUGUGAAGGACCCUUACAAUCACUUGGCUAAUUGGUCCAACUCUUCUUCCAUUUGCAAUUGGGUUGGGGUUAUGUGUGAUGCUCACCAUGUGAGAGUAAUAGCCUUGAAUCUUGGUGAGAUGGGUCUCAAGGGAACUUUGCCCUCAAAAAUUGGGAAUUUGUCUUUCCUAGUUGAACUUGACCUUCAUAGUAAUAACCUUUAUGGUGAGUUGCCAAAGGAAUUGACCCAAUUACACAAGCUGCAAAUUCUCAAUUUGAGCUACAAUGAAUUCAAUGGAGAAAUCCCAACUUGGAUUGGAAGCUUAUUUAUGCUUCAACACUUCCAUCUCCAUAAUAAUAGUUUUGGAGGUUUUAUUCCUAAAAGCAUAUCCAACUUGUCAAAGUUAGAGACUUUGGAUUGGAAUUAUAACUUUAUUGAAGGAGUUAUUCCAUCUGAGAUUGGAAAACUUCAAAGUUUGAAGAUUUUACGGAUUGCAGGAAACAAGCUUUCAGGAAGAAUACCCCUAACUAUUUCUAACUUAUCCUCACUUGAGUUAUUGUCUUUGUCUUUCAACUCCUUAACAGGAGAUAUUCCCAAAGCAAUUGGUGCUCUCACAAACCUGAAAAUACUAUAUCUAGGUGCUAACAAGUUGUCUGGCCAAAUACCAAGGAAUAUUGGAAACUUGACAAAACUUCAACAUCUACAACUGGGUGAAAAUAACAUAAAAGGUGAUAUACCAGAAGGUAUUGGAAAACUGGAUUUGCUUCAAGAGCUAUAUCUUUCUUUUAAUAAUUUACGAGAGCUCAGCAAAUAG